UCCUCCGUGCGCGCGCAGGUGUCCCUAUAAUAAACGACCAGUAUUAUUAUUACUAUUAUUCACGGCACGCAAAACGUCAAUUCGCGCGAUAUUCUUGUAGAUAAGCGUGUGAUAUCUCAAUGCGAUAGACAUUUUAAUCUAUUCAGACUACUGUUUCAGAGAUAUAAAUAAGACAAAAUGGCCGAGUUGUCGAUGGGCAAAGGGGUUUCCGCAGGAAAAAUAGCCAGUAAUGUGCAGAAAAAAAUAACCAGGGCACAAGAAAAGGUUAUGCAAAAGCUUGGCAAGGCAGAUGAGACCAAAGACCUUGCAUUUGAAGAAGGAGUGAUUAACUUCAACAAACAGCUAGCAGAGGGCACCAAACUGCAGAAAGAUCUGCGGGCCUAUUUGGCCGCUGUGAAAGCGAUGCACGAGUCCUCCAAACGUGUGCAUGAGUGCCUAGCUGAUAUGUAUGAACCAGAGUGGUAUGGCAAAGAUGAAAUGGACUCUGUUGUAGAGGAUUCUGACCUUCUGUGGACAGAUUUUCACCAAAAACUAGUUGAUCAUGCGUUAAUCUCCAUGGACACUUAUUUGGGCCAGUUUCCUGAUAUAAAGGCCCGUAUAGCGAAGCGGGACAGAAAGCUGGUGGAUUACGACAGCGCCCGCCAUACCUUCGCUGCAGUGAAUAAGGGCAAGAAGAAGGAAGGGCCAGUCAAAGCUUCCAAGCCUGCAUCUUUGUUGGAGAGGGCGACUCCGGGAUGGGCACAAGGAAUUCUAUCUGCUCACAAUGUCGCUCAGACCAACCUGACCCGGUGUCAGGCAGAGGAGGAGCUAGAGAGGGCGCAGAAGGUAUUUGAUGAUAUCAACAUAGAUCUUCAGGAGGAGCUGCCAUCACUUUGGAACAGUCGUGUUGGCUUCUAUGUAAACACCUUCCAGAGCGUGGCUGGCCUCGAGGAGAAGUUUCACAGAGAAAUUGGAAAGCUGAGCCAAAAUAUGUAUGAUACAUUGGUAAAACUGGAGAAUCAAGACAUGUCCAGAAAAACAGAUAGCCGAAUGGAGAAGACCUCAGCAGUCCAAAGGAGUGAUGGAAAUCAAGAUACCAAUCACACUCUGAGUCCACCGGUACCAGCUAUUCCGAAAUCUCCAUCUAAGCUGAGACCUGCUGUUCCUCCUCCACCAAAAGUCACUCCAUCCAAGGAUCUGAAGCAAGAUAACAUUAUUAACCUGUUUGAUGAGGCUUCUGCUGUUGGCAUUAGUGUUACAUCUCCGACACAAUUUGAUGCUCCAGCCACUAGUAAUCUUUUAGACAUGGACCUGGAUGCCCUGCAAGCCGCUACCACACCAGUAGCCCCUGCUUCAGUACCACAGACCUGGGAUUCGUGGGAGCAAGAUGAAAGCCAAACUGAAGCAGCCCAGUCAUGGGAUGAUGAUGGUAGUCAUCCUGUGCGUACUGCUCAGCCUGUUUAUCCUACCCGGGAUGAUGAUGGCACCCAACCAGUAGAUGCUCCAGCUGCAGAGCCCACUUGGGAUGAUGAUGGGUCCCAGCCGGUGAAGGCUGAGGGUUUGCACAGUGAUGGGGCUCAGGCAGAAAGUGUAGCUACCACAGAACAGCCAGCAUCAACGGCAGAAACCACUAACGAGAGCACAGAAGUAGAAAUGCCACCAAACUUCCUGUUCAAAGUCCAAGCAAUGCACGAUUAUGCUGCCAAUGACUCGGAUGAGCUGGAAAUGAAGGCAGGAGAUGUGGUGCUAGUGAUGACUUAUGAUAACCCAGAGGACCAGGAUGAUGGAUGGUUGAUGGGAAUAAAAGAGGCUGACUGGUUUCAGGUGAAGGAUCACAGCAAAAAAGGGGUGUUUCCUGAAAACUUCACACGCAAGAUUUAGAAGCCAGGAUAUGACUUUUGCCAUUUGUUCAUUUUUUUCUUGAUUCCUCUUUUUCCGUCUUCACACUUCUGGAUGCUUGUCGAGAAGGGAGGUAUGAGACUGAUCACUGCGCAACACAGGACACGUGUAUAGAGAGGGGUUGUCAGACUUUGUCAGCAUAUUGAGUUUUUGAUCCUGUAUUAACUUAAUUGAAGGCUUUUUUUUAAACGUGUUGUCAUCUUUUACACAGCUACUGUAAUUGACAUGUAUCAUAUGUCCCAGUAAGAACUUACACAUCUAAGCUUCCAUCUAAGCUUUUAAGUCUUUUUGUCUGAUAAGUCAGUAUACAACAGCUAGAUGAAUUUAGGAAGCCAAUAAAUAAAUAAUAUCUAUGAGUAAUGUUGCUAUUUUACUAAUAGAGAUGAGAAAGUCUGCAUGAUAAUCUUGUGAGUAGAUACAAUCACAUCACAGCUGAGAGUUAGGACGACUUGAUCAUUUUAGCAUUAUUUCCAGAAGAAACUAACCGGCAGACCUCAAAGCUCUUGAACUUACUGUCACACUGUAAAAAAGCUCUAAAUAUAUGCAGCUAACCAGUGACAUAUGCAGCUAAUUUAGUAAACAAGGAACAAAUAUUCUGCUCAGGAUGAAAAUGAGCAAAAACACUGUGCCCUGUCUGGCCCUUAGAUUUUCUUUGGCAAUGUGAACAUGUUUCUUUGCCUCAUUUUUUUUUUCCAUUUCUUAAAAAUCGUAAUACCAUAGUAAUACAUUUAAACCCUUUCCUGCAAAUAUGUAAUUAUGCAAUAACAUCUUAACUAAUCUUAAUUCUUCUGCCACAACAUUCUCUAAGACAUUCACAUGCAUCUGUUGUGAUUGAAGGGUUUUAGUUUCUGUUGUGAUUUGUAUUAAUUAUCCAAUGCAUUGUUCAACCAAAAAUAUGCAUUAUAUUUAUUCACUCUUCUUUGUGUUUAUAGAUUUAUUUUUGUACAUUGUGAGUAAAAUUACAGUAAAAAAAAAAAAGAGAUCCUGGUGAGUGUGUAAAAGUGCCAUGGACUGGACUCUUGGCUGGACUUCUUAGUAAUUCCCAGGCCUCUGUGUUAUGUCAUGUUUCAGUUCUUUAUGACUGCUCAUAAUGUGUGCAUUAGUUCACUUGUGUAUCACUGUAUAUCUGACACGAACUUUAACCUUGUCACGAUUUGCACAGAGAACGAGAUAAACCCAGUGCAGCCUGAUUCCCACUACAUGUGCUGCUGUGUUUGAAGAGAAAGUCUUGUCUUUCACAUUUCUUAUUGAUCUUCCCUUAUUAAGGUUCUUUUAAUGACAAGCAUGAAAGAGCUUCUUUCAAUCAAGAGUUUGUGUAAUCUUGAUAUUUAUUUAUUUUACUUAUUUUUGCCACUGUUAUGCUUCAGUAAAAUUUUAUUACAUCUCACUGAGGGAGGAUAAGUGAUUUACUGAAGCACUUGAUGGAGUUCUGGUUGUUGGAAUUUAAAUAGAUUUAAUUAGAGAAUAAACCUACAGGAUAGAAAACACCCUUAUCCCUCAAGUACUUCCUUAUAGGAGUAUAUUUCCUUCUAUUCUCGUGCCAGUGCAUUUGUAGAUGUGUAAAUGGUGACAGUUUGUUGUGCUUCAUUGACAAACAAGUAAUAUUCUACAGUACAAAUAUGUACAGUAAAGAUGUGACUAUUGUGUGAAUGAGAACUAAGCAUGCUUAACUUCAUAUGCAGUGUGUAGUCGUAUUUGUGUUCUCUUGCUGAGGUGGCUUUCUUGUCCAGGUCCACCUUCUGCCUCUAAGCCAUGAAUAUUCUUCAUUUAAAUCUGUGUAGCCUACUGUCAAGUCAGCUCAAAUAAAUGUUGAUUUAAUCCUA